GCACAGAAUGGAAACAACCCAAUCCCUGACCCCUCCCUCUCCAUGUAAACAACACCAGAGAGGGCCAGGAAGCAUUUUUUCCUAAGCGUGCUGUUCCCCAUUGAGCUGAAAAUGAGUGUUUUGUUUCACUUAUUUCUCUCACCGAAAAUUUAUGGAUGGAAAAGACAUAGAAGGAAAUGGGUAGCCAGAAGGCAUGGCACUGGUGGGCAGGUGUGGAAGGGCUGGACCCUAGGCUCUGUCUUUUAUGGGAAGGGAGCAAACAGAGAUCCAGGGGAAUGAGGGCGAGCAACUAACCUUCUGGCUGCUUCAGGGAAUGAAGUGAUUGCUGUGGACUGGAAAGGCCUCAAGGAUGUCGAUCAGAUCAACAUGGACAGCACCAGCUCACUGCAUGGCAGCAGCCUCCAUCGACCUUCCACGGAGCUCUCCAUGGAGGACACCACUUCCAUCCUUCCGAAGCUUAAGCGAAACUCUAAUGCCUAUGGCAUUGGGGCCCUGGCCAAGUCAUCAUUCUCAGGGAUCUCGAGAAGCAUGAAGGACCAUGUGACAAAGCCUACAGCCAUGGGGCAAGGCCGGGUGGCCCACAUGAUUGAGUGGCAGGGCUGGGGAAAGGCCCCAACAAUUCAGCCACAACACAGCCAUGAGGCUGUGCGCAGGGAUACAGAUGCUUACUCUGACCUCAGCGACGGCGAGAAGGAGGCACGUUUCCUAGCAGGUGUCAUGGAACAGUUUGCUAUUUCUGAGGCUACACUUAUGGCCUGGUCUUCCAUGGAUGGUGAGGACAUGAGUGUCAAUUCUACCCAGGAGCCACUGGACUGCAACUACAGUGACAACUACCAGGAGCUGAUGGAGAGUCAGGAUGCAUUAGCUCAAGCCCCCAUGGAUGGAUGGCCUCACUCCUACGUGUCACAGGGGAUGUACUGCCUGGGGUCAUCAGAUGCCUGGGAAGCAAGUGAUCAGUCCCUCAUUGCAUCUCCAGCUACAGGAUCCUAUCUUGGCCCUGCAUUUGAUGACUCACAGCCCAGCCUGCAUGACAUAGGGCCUUCCCAACCUGCUUCAGGAUACUCUGCUCAGGAGCCUCCACCUUUGUUGGGGGUAGACACUGACUGGGCACCAGAGGUUGGUGGGGUGGACCUGGCUAGGGGUUCUGUAGAGGAAGAGAAGAGACCACUGGCCCCUGAGGAGGAAGAGGAUGCAGGAUGCCGGGACCUGGAGUCACUUUCUCCACGAGAAGAUCCGGAGAUGUCCACCGCUCUUAGCCGGAAGGUGUCUGAUGUCACAUCCUCAGGUGUGCAGUCCUUUGAUGAGGAGGAGGGGGACACCAACAACUAGCUUCUUCCCAUCCCACUGACCUGAGGGGCAUGGCUGCAACCCAUACCCUCUCAAGCUCCAGCAGCACAGAUGAAACCCGGGCAGAAGACAGCAGGGAACCGCGAGCUUCCAGCCCUCACCAGCCCGCUAGCACCCUGGAAAGUGAAGGACCAGCAGGGGGUUUUAUCUAGGCUUGUACUCCAGAAACCAUCAUUCCAGGAACUGAGACCCAGGCAAAAUUAGGUGGCUAUGAACCUGGCAUGAUGGUGGGAGAUGAGCCAUAGCUAUGGUUCUUGGGUCCAUGCCCAGGUGCGCCGUGCUGAACGCCGAAUCUCAGUUCUUACACCCCUGAUUUCGUCUUCCAGGAGCCUUGGCUGUGCUGUCUGAAUGCCUCCUUUCUCCAUUUCACUCUUGCUUUCCUGAUUCUGUUUUUUCUGGCCAUGGCAUCAGUGCUUCUCCGCUGUGGGAAGCAGGCCUCAGGGCUGUUGGACAUGGCUUGGUGGGGACGGCAGAGUGGCCUGAACAGCCCUUCUGUGUUUAACAUAGACAGUGUGCCUGAUUCAGGCAUUCUUUGGCUUCUGGGAUCGGGAGCCAAGGACGAGAUGGACAUGGCAGCUGGGAAUGACAGGGGUCACAGUAUGAUUCUUCAUCCCAAAGCCUACUCAGAGGCAAGAGGGUCACCAAUGAGACAAAGAAUAAACAGCCACUUAAAUGCCCUGUGGCUAGAAGGGGGACCUUAAGGAUCUGGGAGAAGGCCCCAUGGGGUUGGCUACUCUAGCUUCCCUUUCUGCCUUCUUCCACCCAUGCCUGAGGAGGGGGAGUGGGAACCAGUCUCAGAUUGUUGACCUCGGAUUGCAGUGUCCCAUCAACGGGGGUACCACGAGGGCUGGGCCUCCCUCUACCUUCCCCUAAUUCUCUGGAGCUGUUUACACUUUUCUCUUUGCCUUUUCUACAUUUUUAUAACUUCUUGGGGACUCAGGGUUGAGCAGAGUGGAGUGGGAAGUCUGGUGCUGUCACUGCCUUGGCUGGGCUGGUGGCUGAGGGCCAGCAUGGACACUGGAUGGGCCAGGGUGGACACUGGAUGGGCCAGGGUGGACACUGGAUGCUUUUGCGUUUGUGUCGGCUGUUCCCCCGGGCUCCUCCAUCCAUCAUUACUUACGGGACAGGUUGUUGCGAGACAUAGGCUUGCCCUCCCACACCUCCUUUGCCCCCCCCCCCCCGAUUCGGAGUGGACUGUGGGGACAGGAAGCAGCAGCAAGUCGGUGCAGUAUUGCUAUGAAUGGGCUGGAGCAGCCACAGCCUCAAUCUGGCCCUUGGCAUAAGCAGAGAUUUGAUAGGAGACGCCCAAGCUUGCCACCCUCUUUUUCUUCUUCCUCCUGUCUGUUUAUGGCUCCAGUUCCAAGGCUUCGUGUCCUACUAUAACUGUCAGGGGUCCUGAACUACUCCCUCACCCACAGGAACAAUGAGGUUCAGAGUUGGCGUGAUCUUGUUCUUCCGUGACUCUGUCCUGCACCGUAUUCAUACACUGAAGUGUAACCAGAGUAGGGGAGGGGAUGCAUUGGAUCCUGGGGUCGGGUCAUGGAGGAAACACGGGAGUAGACCUGGAGAGCCAAGGUAGUGACUAGUCACUCAGCUCAUCUAACGCUGCCUGAAUGGGAGAAGAUACCUCGUGUUUGCUAGUGUUGUGCUUUAGCCUAUCAGGACCUCAUUUCUCGGACUAGGAAGGGCUAGCCUGCCAACCCUGGCAACUGCCCCUAACCCCUGGUCUCCUGUUCUAGCCCCCUGGGACUUGCAUGUUCAAGCUAACCUACUCCAAGGGUCUCUCUGCCUUGUCUAUUCUAUCAACAUGUGUCUCAUCUCAGUGACCCCGCAUUCUUCCCCCAGGUGAAGGUGGACAUCGAGUCCAGAGAGUAGGUUCAUUCACUUUGGUUCCCUUUUGCUCAGGGCCCUGGAGAGUUAGGAAGACUAAACUAAAGCAGCUUUCUUUACUCCUUCCAUUCCUCAAGGAAGCCAAAUGGUCCCCAGUGAAAGACUACAAAAGACCUGAAGGAGCCUUGUAGGGUCUGUACCUGAGCAGGGGCUUGGUUUCCCCAGGCUGCUGGCAUACUGCCACAGAGGCAGGUGAGGCCCGCCCCACUCUGGAGAGAGAAGACUCAAGGAGCUGACUCAGAACCAUGUUGAACUCUUUUGGAGGGAGGGACCACCUCUCUGGUGCUGGGGCAGGGUGCAUGGGGGUUUGCUUCUAGCCUACUUUAAGGGGAGGGGUGGGGCAUGUGCAGGAAGAGGCUGUUAGGGG